AUGGGCCAGGACGUGCCCUGGCUCAACCACUCCGGCAGUCCGCGGGCGGCGGGCAACGCCUGCGCGGCGGACGGGCAGCGCGGGGGGCCCUUCGCCGCCGGCCCCGCCGCGCUGCUGGCGGCGCUGAUGGGGCUGCUGGUGCUGGCCACGGUGUUGGGCAAUGUCCUGGUCAUUCUGGCGUUCGCGGUGGACCGGAGCCUCCGCACGCAGGGCAACUUCUUCUUCCUCAACCUGGCCGUCGCCGACCUGCUGGUGGGCGGCUUCUGCAUCCCCCUCUACAUCCCCUACGUGCUGACGGGCGAGUGGAGACUCGGCAGGGGCUGGUGUAAGCUGUGGCUGGUGGUAGACUACCUGGUGUGCACCGCCUCUGUCUUUAACAUCGUCCUUAUCAGCUUCGACAGGUUCACCUCUGACACCAAAGCGGUCAGUUACAGGGCUCAGAAAGGGAUGACCAGAAAUGCAAUACUGAAGAUGAUCACUGUAUGGAUUGCUGCUUUUCUUCUCUAUGGUCCAGCCAUUCUUAGUUGGGAGCACAUUGCCCAAAAGAGCAUUCUCCCUGAAGGAGAAUGUCAUGCAGAGUUCUUUUACAACUGGUAUUUCCUGAUGAUUGCCUCUACUAUUGAAUUCUUUACACCUUUCAUCACUGUUACAUACUUUAACUUAAGUAUUUACCUCAACAUCAGGAAACGCACAUCCCUCAGAAAUGAAAACCUACCACCUGGUCAAGAGGACUGUGAAAUGCAUUUCCAGGGGACAAAAAGGGAACACACUGUAUUUUUUGUAAAACCUGCUAAAAGACACAAACAUGAGAAGAGUGCAAGCAGGCUUUCUCCCCCAAAAAGGGCUUCAAGGUUCAGCCUACAUAAGCUUAACCAUCGGUCAUUAAAUCUGAAUGUCGGUCAAGACCUUCCACCACUUCAGGUAGAAGUUGAGACCAAGCCUCUUAGGAAUGGUUUCUACAAAACUACAGAAAGCAUAUGCAAUGCCACCAGCAGAGUGGACAUUGCUAACACUAUGUCAAAUAGAUUUAGACUUUCCCGGGACAAAAGAGUAGCAAAGUCUUUAGCAAUUAUUGUAUGUGUGUUUGGUUUGUGUUGGGCUCCAUAUACGCUUUUGAUGAUCAUCAGAGCAGCUUGCCAUGGGCACUGUGUGCAGCAUUCCCUCUAUGAGACUUCAUUUUGGCUUCUGUGGGCGAAUUCAGCCAUUAACCCUGUUCUAUACCCACUGUGUCACAUAAGCUUUAGGAAAGCCUUUAUAAAACUCCUGUGUCCAGGAAAAGCCAAAAUUCAUCCUCAUGUUUUUAUGUGAAAAAAAGGAAGUAUGAAGGCUGACAAUUAGUACAUCUUGCUUUCAGUGGGAGCAGUGAACUGGCUAGUAUUCACCUGCAAGUAUUAAGUGCAAUGUGCACUGGGUAGUUUAUGGAAUACUGGUAAGUAGAUACAAGUGUAGAUAUUUAUGAAUGUAUAAAUACAGUAAUCCAUGCAGCUAGAGAAAUCACAGCAAUGAAAAGAAAGAAAAUUUCUCGAAGUUCUUUGGAAAAUUAUGCCAACAGGUAUUUUCUGGUAAUAGUGCACUAGUGUAAAGUGCUGAAAAGAGAAUACAAUAUUCACAGCCAAUAAUUAAGGGUUCAGGCUCACUCACUUUUAAUAACUGUAAAUAUCACUGGUAAGGAAUUUCAUCAAGUGUUACCCUUGGACCUGUUACUAUUUUACCCCCAAACCCACUCUAAGACACCAAGGGUCCCUGCUUUUAAGCAUAGCAUGCUUCCCCACACACACUGAAGAGGUAAGCCUGACAAGAUUGUGACCAACGCAAAAAACUAACUACUGGUGUCCAGGAAAAGCAUGGGACAACAGGCACCAGAACAGUCAGGUUACCAGAGAAGCUGAGAAGGUAGCACUGAUUUGACUGGAAAAGGUGACUGAGAAAUGAGAGAACUUUUAGUAGAAUCAAGUUCAGGGACAGGAAUAUAAAAGGGUUUUGAGCUUUGUGAUAGGAGAUAAAAGAACUGAGAGUUUAUACACUGGAAGAGUUUCACCAUGAGUUUCUUCCCUCAGCUAUGACUCAAGUCAAACCUCUACUCCUUACAGGACUGACAGGUCCUGUCUCUAUCUGUUGCUCUAAGUACAGAAUAUAAGCAUAAAUAAGCAUAAUUAGUCUAUGAGAUCUAUGACAGACAGAUCUUGCUAUAGACAGAGCUUUAUGUAAACUUCCCUUGGAGUAAUUUUUAAAAGGUUUCUAACGUUCUGGCUAGUUCUGAAAGGAAAAAAAAAAAAAAAUGUUUUCCCCUACCACAAUGAUUGAAUCUAUACAUCCAGUCAUCAGUGGUCAAAAAAAGUAUUACUUGAAAUGUUUAGACAUUUUCAAAGUCAUGCACCAUGGAUAGCAUGACUCAAGAAAGUCUUAAAAUGUACAGCCUUGCUACUGACCAUGAGUGAAAAACAAGAACGUAAACAACUACAUACUCUUUCUGCCAUUCUGCCUCUGCCACAAGGAGCUCACACAGCUAGAUCCUAAGUUUUGACUACAUUUGUCUCACGAGGUAUUGAUUUGAAUAUCACUAGUAAUACAAGUUGAAUCCCACCAUCACAAAUAUUUUUUUACAUAGCUUAACAGACACUUUGCUGACAAGAGUGAUAGCUAUUGAACAGCUGUAGUUGUCCAUUGCCACAGCCAAAAUGAAUGUUAGUACAGUUAUCUCAAUGUUUACAGACAGUAUUUUGAAAACAUUUACUUUGUAAAAUUUCAAUAAAAGUAAUUAAGAAUUGUGGAAGACUCAUUUUUCUAACCUUAACAAGUGGUACAUGGGAAAAAGCACUAGCCUAUAACAUUUGGGUAACUGCAGUUGAAACUUCAAAACCACUAUUCAAAGACAAUUCUUAAGUUACAAGGACUGACCUUGAAGAUUAAAAACAAACAUGGUUAGCAAAUAUAGUAAACUAGGAGGGCACAUCCCUACUAUAUGAAUGUAUGUACAUGAACACGAUCAUCAUGCUCUGCUCCAGAUGUUUUGUAACAAAAUCAGCUUAACAGUUCUCCUAAGAGGAACAGCAUCAACAGAUACAGAACAACAUUAAGAUUUUUUUAAACAGCAUUAAUUAUACCACCGGGCAAGUAAAACCAUUAGAUUUUUUCCCCAUUUCUCCUCCCUUCCAAGCCAGACUUACGCAUCUGUAGAUCAAUGACCUAAUUGUUGUCUACUCCAUAAUUCUUGUUUCCUAGGAUCAUAUUUGCCUUUUUAAGAAAACAGGUAGCACUAAAUUAUUGGACACUCCCACCAAGGUCUCAUUUACCAUCCAAUCAAGCCAGGACAAUUUUCACAACAGUGGUCAACUCAAGGAGUAAGGAAGUUCAACCAGUUAGCUUUAGAACAUUACAUUCAGUUAAGGUAAAACAGACAUUUCAAAGCUUUCAGCAACUGGCAUUAACCUACAGACUAGAUCAGUCUUCACAGGAGUUGCCACUGGCAAUUGCUCUACUGCUCAUUUUCCUACAGCUUUGUCAUUUAAUUCACUCUAGCACAAACCUACAAUCCAGUAGGAUUCUCCACCACUCUUAAGAUAUUUAAUAAAAUCUUUCUGAAACGUGAACACACAUCACCUCAGCAUCAUUUGGAAAAAUACUGGUUUUGAAUUAUAAACUUCUACAUUAGAAAUGCUAUCAGCCUCUCAGCUUGUCCAGUUUAACUAUGCCUUGAUUCUCCUGACCCUACAAAACAGAAGUUCUUUUGCGUUUAUCAGAAGGUUCAACAUUAGCAUUGGGUUCAAAAGUGGGCUCUGAAAAGACAUGAAACAACAGGUGUUAAUAGCAACUUUAUUGUUUCACUGGUGCAAAAUCAUGAUACUGAGUAAACUUGUGUAAUGCAUUUUCCCCUAAAUUUACAGUAAUGAAGGUUAUACAUAUCUAUAUAGAUUGCAAUUUCUCUAUUUUUAUACUAUUUGGAACAAAAUUAUCUUGAUAAAUAUGCCCUGUGCACAGUACUGGCCCUCACUGAAUGUCACAGAGCCUUAAUAUGCAAAAUAUAACUUCUGUUUUUGAACAUGGUACUUUAAAACUCUCCAAACAUGCAUUAAUAUAUUCUAGUUUUUAGGGAAAAAUAUUACACUUAGUCUUAACUUGCAUUAAAAGAAAAGCACAA